AUGCCGAGGACCACGUCUCCCACCUCCGCCAAGUCCUUGAAAUUCUUUGCGACAACAGAGUUCUUCAUCAAGAAGUCUAAGUGUUCAUUUGGAGUUAGCACGAUUGACUAUUUGGGCCAUAUCAUAGCGGACGGCGGCCUACAUACUGACCCGUCUAAAAUUGCAGCAAUAUCAGCUUGGCCCACACCGACCACGGUUAAGCAAUUACGGGGCUUCCUCGGUCUUACAGGUUACUACCGCCGUUUUGUGAAACACUAUUCGAUCAUCGUGUCUCCAUUAAUUGAAUUGCUUAAGAAAGACGGCUUUGUUUGGUCCGACGGUGCCAAGCAAAGCUUCGAGGCAUUAAAGGCCGCCAUGUGCUCCACUCCAGUUCUUCGCCUACCUAACUUUGAGGUACCUUUUGUGGUUGAGACCGAUGCCUCAGACCUUGGAAUUGGCGCAGUAUUAUUGCAAGAUGGCCACCCACUUGCUUAUUUUAGCAAGAAACUAGGUCCACGAUGA